GACAGUCCCCAACAAAGAAUCAUGUUUUCUUUCGCUGUGUACAGCGUUUUUCUUGUAGAAAUCAUACUUGGCUUCCAGGAAUUUGGAGCUAAACGAGCCAUCCAGUGUCGCCACGGAUGGAUACAAAACGGCUCCAGUUGUUAUCACUUUGGUACAGACCGGGAAACAUGGCUGGAUGCCGAGUUGAUCUGUGAGCGGUUUGGUGCCUUCCUGGCUGAGAUUGACGACCCCGUGGAAAACGACUUUCUCCAGAGACAGGUCGACUCUCGUAAAGUUAACUUUUGGGUUGGCGGUGCUGACACUGAGAACGAGGCUGAAUGGAUGUGGAUGAGUUCCCAGCGGCCAAUCCAGUACACCCACUGGGCCCCAGGAGAGCCAAACAGCUACCACAACAGCGACGAGAACUGUAUGGACCUGAGGCCCAGGCAGGCGGGCUGGAAUGACGAGAGGUGCUCCCUGGUACAACAAUACGUCUGUGAGAACAACGAGCCGAUUCCCGAUCUUGGUUAGACUGGCUGAACCGCAGACGCCUGAAUUGAUGUAUGAUGUCGAAAUCAUAUUAAAACAAUUUGUAUUUGC